AUGGACAUGGUUCGCAAGCGUCAGUUGGCCCAGAACUCCAGCUUGGCCGAGUUCAUGCUGGCUCCACUUUAUGGGAUGGCCUUUGUGGUGGGACUUGAGAAUGAUCAAGUUGAGAGCUCUUGCUUGGACUUGGACGACUUUUUUGAGAAGAAUUUGAUUGAUAUUUUCCGGCCCAUGGAAUUCCAGGAGAGUUUGGAAAAGAUUUCUUCGACCAAAAAGUCAGAGGUCAAAGACCUUGAGCUUUGUGGGCCCGACGCUUUGGUGCGUGCCAGGGCAGAACUUGGUUUGCGCACCAGUGGAUGUCCGAUGAAUGAGGAAUGGAAAGAGACUUUAGAGCACUUUGAUAGUGCCAAAGAUGCAGUGGGACGGUGGAACCGAAGUUACGAUGAGGUGAACAAUGGUGAACAUACUUCAAGAGUACAGCUUCUGUGGUGUGCUGGGCAGCUUCCAUCGACAUGGAUUCAGCAGAUCAGUGACCGAAAUCAUUGGCGACUCCGAAAGGAACGGAGACGAAAAGGAUAA